AUGGCUAAAUCCCAAGCUGCAAACGGGGUAUCCAAGAUUCCAAACAAAGGCUUGUACAGCAGAAUAUCAUACCUCUACCAAGCAGCGACUUAUCUGGCUGUGCAGGAAAAUGAAAGUCAGAAGCAACCAAGCAAGGAAGCUGACUCGGAUUAUUUGAAAGAGAACGUAAUGCAGUGUGAAUCGAAGAUCGAAGCAAGUCUCAUUGAGUCAUGUCAACCUCUCUCCCGUCGAUUGGUAUCAGAUCUCCGCUCAGUAUCUCUGAAAGGUUUAAUACGCAUGUCCCCCGAUAUGAAGCAUUCUAUCUGUAAGAAGUGUCAAACAUUGCUGAUGGAGGGAACGACAUGUACUGCUCAGGUCGAGAACCAAAGUAAGGGCGGAAAGAAACCCUGGGCUGAUGUACUGAAAGGCAGCCAAGGAGACCACGCAGAUCAACUCAAGAAGCUCAAGCUAGCAUACAUCCUUCAUAAACUCUCAAGUUUAGUGGCAAUAAAGAACCCAUCAGCAAAGAGAAGUUUUGCCAUGAACAGCUUCGUUUUUUGUGCCGUUUUGGACGCUACGCUAGACGAUAAGAGAGUCAGCAAGCUAAUCCACGAGUAUGCGCUGAAAGAAGCCACGGAGAACUUCAGACGUGGAGAGCUCAACAUUCCGCGGAUGAUAAAUUCAGCGCAAGAAAUAGUGGAUAUACUUCAGAAUGAUGGUUGGGAAGACCGUUACCUCAAUCAUCUUAGAGCCGAAUUAGGGAGAGUCGCAGGUUGCGGGUUGGGAGGGGUGUAUGCAUUGGGAGUGGCCGCCGAAAUUGAGAAAGUCAAGCAGGAGAAAGAGGAAAGACAAGCAAGGAGCGUUAUUAAGACCAAAGUGCGAGACGAAGGCGGGGUAAGAGUAAAGAUGGAAGAGCCGAUAGUGCCUCAACGCCUACGUUCGAGAUCAUCUACUUUAAGAGCAUCUAGCUCCGACGAGCAUCAAGUGGUUAUCAAGGCCGAGCCUUCGACACCUUCGAUGCUACCGAUGGAAGCGGAAGAACGAAGCAAAGGCGAAGAGAGAAACAAAAGAAGACGAUGA